AUGAAUACAAAUCGAAAAAACAAAGAACUCCAAGAAAAAUUCAACAGUGCUUUAAAAAUCUUUGCCGGAAAAAUCGAAGAAAAUAAACAAAAUCAACAUGAAAUUUUAGAAAGUUUUGAAAAGUCCCAAGGCAAAGAAAACCAUGAAUUGGCCAAAAUUUCCCAACAAAUCAAACCUAAAGAAGAAACCAUGGCAAUUAUCCAAAAUGCUGUUGAUUUAGUAGACCAGCAAAUCCAAUCCAGAGACGAAACCAUUAUUAUCCAAAAAGAAGAAAUCAAGACCGGUGAAGAAACUAUUAAAUCGCUCAUUGGAACCCACAAAAAAUAUAUCGACAAAAUCCAUAGGGAAAUUGAUGGUUGGCACGAACAAUUAAAAGAAUGGCAAGCAUCCCAACAACAACACCAAGCCGAAGAAGCCCAAGAAGAAGAGAAGCGAAAGAAAAAAUUUUGA